AUGCCACUUGAUCUUACUAGCCGUCAUAGUCUCGUUGCCGCUAGUUUCAGAAACCUCACCUCAACCCUGGACACGUACCUCAAGGAUGGCCAGUGGAAAACGCUUCCCCGACCAUUGGCAGGCAUAACCAACGUUACCUUCUCACUCGGAUUAUUCUCGCUUCACGAUCCUGCAGCCACGGGGUUGCAAUAUCAUUAUACAUCCCCAGAAAUUGCAAACGCCCCAAAUGGUACUCACAAAGUUGACGCGAAUACCAUCUACCGCGUUGCAAGUGUCACCAAGGUCUUCACAGUUCUUACAGGCCUACUUGAGCUGGAUGAUAGCGACUGGAAUCGCCCUCUUACAGAGAUUUUAUCUCCUCUUAAGGAAUUUGCCAAGAAAAAGAAUGGUGAUAGAGAUCCCAUAUAUACUGUGGAAUGGGACAAAGUCACUCCAAAUGCUCUAGCAGCUCAGAUUGCUGGCGUUCCACGAGAUGGAUUCCCUGACACAAAUGAUCUCGCAUUUCAAACUAUCAUUCAGUCAAUAGCCGGAGUGCCGCUGAACCCAGAUCCGGUGAAGUUAGGUCUCCCACCAAUCAGCCGGAAUAAUACGUUUGUAUAUUCGCCGUGUUUGUUCUCAAACGCAUCAAACUGCCCACCUGUUCCAUAUAUAGAGAGCAGCGACGGGAGAGCACCAAGCUUCUUACCUUACACAACGCCUGGAUAUGCCAAUAACGGAUUCUCACUUCUUGGCCUCGCUAUUGAAAAUAUUACUGGGAAAAGUUUUGAGAAUAUGUUCGACGAAGACAUUUUUGGGCCACUUGAUAUGACAUCCUCCAGCGCCGUCACACCUCCCAAGUCCGAGUGGCAUCGAUCUGUGAUUCCCGGUGACAUCAGUAAUUUUGACGUUGAAUCUGGUGUUUAUAUCACCUCAGGUGCAGUUCUAUCAACUAUCAACGAUAUGGCGAAAUUGGGUGUUGGUAUUCUAAAUUCUACUUUAUUACCAUCUGACCAGACACGUCGGUGGAUGAAACCCUUUUCACAUACCGCCGACUUGAGGCAAUCUGUUGGCCGCCCAUGGGAAAUUCACCGCUAUACUCAUCCAUCAGGAGUUAUUACGGAUCUCUACACAAAAUCUGGGGACUCCGGCGAUUACAGUGCCUACUUUGUCCUCCUGCCAGAUUACGACGCGGGCUUCACUAUCCUCGCCUCUAGCUCACAAGUCACGCGGUUCUUAACCUUGUCUGCACUUAUGGAUAUUAUCAUUAACUCUGUGAUUCCAUCUCUUACGGCACAGGCGGCUGCCGAGGCUGAGCAUCGGUUUGCGGGUUUCUACUACUCUGAGAACUGCAACUUGAACUCCUCCCUUACUCUGGCUGUUAACCAAAGUGUAGCUGCAGCGCCUGGUCUUGUGAUUUCGUCUUGGAUCAGCAAUGGAACAGAUAUUCUCAAAUCACUUGCUCCUACCAUAGGCCCUGGCCCUUGGCGACUGCUGCCCUCCAUCUCAGACUCUGCACACGGGAAGGUGGCCUUCCGAUUCGUUACCGAUCUCGAUGCGCCAAAGAUCAGCUCAGCAACAGAGAACAAACUAUUCACAGAUUUUCCUUUGGCAGAUUGGGUGAGUGUUGAUGCCACUGCAUACGGCGGAAUAGCCACAACACUGUUCAUAUUCGAUGUGGCGAAAGAUGGGACUGUGAAUGCAGUAAGUCCAUCUGCCCUUCAAGUCAAAUUGGCGAAGGAGCAUAAAUAG